AUGGGUUCCUAUGGGGGGGAUGUGGGGCGAUGGGGCCCAGAGCCCCGACCCCAUAACUUCCCCCCCCUUGCAGAGCUGCUGAGGGCUGCAGGAUCCAAUGGCCGUGGGCUGCUGGUGGCCAAAGGGCUGCUUAUGGGGCCGUCUGUGGGGCCGUCUGUGGGGUCGGGGCCGUCGGGGCCCCCCCUGGACGUGUGGUGGGUGGUGGGCGAUGGGCGCCUGCUGACCCUGUUGCCCCUCCUGCUGCGCCAGCACCCGUCGUGGCGCGGCUGCCCGGUGCGGCUGUUCACGGUGGCCCUGCUGGAGGACAACAGCGUGGCUCUGAGGCGCCUGCUGGAAUCCUUCGCUCGGCGCCUUCGGCUCCCGGCCAGCACCGAGGUGGUGGAGCUGCACGACAGCGCCGUCUCCGCCUACACCUACGAGCGGACGCUGAUGAUGGAGCAGCGCUCGCAGAUGCUGCGGCAGAUGAGGCUCUCGGCGCGGCACGGAAGCUCCGCCCCAUCGCAGAGCGGCGGCGAGGAGGAGGAGAUGGGAGGGGGGAGCGGGGCCAAAGUGACGGGGCCGUGUCC